AUGAAGUCAUUGCUAUACUGUGCCGCCCUGGGCGCCACAAUCUCGGUUGCCUCUGCAGCCCAGGUAGACUGGACAGUCGGCAUGCGCAUGCAUGCGUUCAUGACCAAAGCAACGCAAUGCCCCGAGACCUACGCCGACGCCGCCGCAAACUCGACAUACCUGCCGGUCUUCUCGACUGACAAGAACGUCGUCGCGGGCGCCGAGCAACCCGCAAACGCAGGGAAAUCAUUCUACUUCACAAACGGCUUCCACACCACAGCCGGAGAGCGCUGGGACUCGGCCACCCGCACCGGCAUCCAGAACGCCGAGCCCAUCGUCAAGCAGGGCCUCGACCGGUUGGCGGUCCCGGCCAACGCGGGCGACGCCAUCGGGUGGGCCGAGUCCGACGACGUGUCCGCCUUCUGCUUCUACGAAGCCGAGUCCGGCAGCGUCGUCCAGUCCAGCGAGGCGCGCACUGAGGACCGCGCGUCUACCAUCGCCGGCGCGGCGAUGCCCGCCGGCCCCGUGGACCUGAUCGAGCUCCCCGGGUGUAUGGCGGACGACGUCACCUACGCCCCGCGGAGCAUGGACUGCCUCGUCGCAAAGACCGCAAACACCGUCCCGUCCAACUGCAGCGCGACACCCCAGUCCCGGGAAUGCGUGCUGCACCUCUUCCCGGCCUUCUGCGGCGACCUGACCAAGACCGCGGGCCCCAACUCCACGCAAGUCGUCGCUGACGAUGCCAUCGAAGGUUGUUUGAGGCGUGUAAGCCAAGGCCCCUGCGUCGCGAACCCCGCGGGAGCCGCAUGCCUGCCAGGCCUGUUUCCUGGCAUCGUCUUCGCGACCGGGCCCCCGCCAUCCCAGUCCGCAUCCCAGCGCCUGCGCCGGAGCUAUCCGCGAACCUCCCUCCAUCGACGCCAUGAGCUCCUCCUCCACGGCCGCCAGAACGCCAGAGAUCCCCUCUUCGGAGACCCCAACGAGAGCUGGCUCCCGGCCGAGGACCAGUUCUGGGUCGGCUUCGCAAAGUCCAUCAUCAACUCGGCCGUCGACUUUGUGACGCACUUCGACGACGACUUGCGCGAGUUCCAGGUUACGCUCUGCCAUGGCAUGGUGGCCAUCGUCGACGCCCUCAAGGGCGACCUCGCGCCCCGCGUCAAGAAGGGAUGCGACACACUCUGGCGCCUCCACACCGGCGAGGCCGUCCCCAGCCUAAAGUACCAAGGCGACCUCGAGAAAGCCGGUGGAGUGACGGCCGAAGUGGUCCAGAUCCUGGCACCCGUCGCCGAUGCCGUCGAGGCUGCGAAGGCGCUCGGGGCCGGCAAGUAUCUGCCCGAUCUGCUGGGCAAGUUCGUCCCCAAAGCCGUUGAGGGCGGCCAGGUCUUGGAGGCCGCCAGCGCCGACGGAGGCAAAGCGGUGCGCAUCUACAAGAAGGGACCCAAGGGCGAUCCCGAGGUGUUCAAGACCACAAAAGAUGAGAAGGUCGCGCUCGAAGACAUCGAGAACAACGGCUUCCUCAACUGUGAAAAGAUUGCCCGCGGCGCCAGGAAGAAGCGCCAGGGCAGCCUGCUGGGAGACCUGUCGGACCUGGACCUGAGCUGCGACUUCUCCACGUUCGCAGACAACGUCGACGAGGGUCGAGCGAACUACGACAGCGACUCAGGCUCCGACUCGGAGUCUGACUCCGACUGGGAGUACGAGCCGCCGGCCGCGAUCCCGGCGCAUGUCAAGGCCGAGGGCCUGACCGCCGAGGAGUCCACGCUCCUCGCGGACCUCAAGAGCAAGUGGGACGGCUCCCGUACGGGCGAGCGGUACAUGCCCGACUUCGCCGACCCCGAUCUGCAGUCCUUCCGCACUCGCAUCGAGGCCACGACCGACGUCGCCGAGCGCAAGAAGGUCGUGCGCGACUUCGCCGCCAAGUACAAGCUCACGAGGUCCGAGAUAGGCGCCUUCAAGGCAUGGGCGGACCUCUACGAGAUCCACGACAGCGCGCUGAAAUCCGCGUCGGCCAAGAUCCCGCCGUUUAAGGGGCUGGUGCGACGGACCGCCGCGCUGGACGAUGCGACGAUGACCAUGCUCGCCGACUUCGAAAGUGGCAUCAUCAGCAAAGGAGACAAAGGGGUCUACGAGAUUCGCGACCUGGUCUCCAAUGUGCAGAGUCUGGGUCUGGGAAGCAGCGGUGAACCGCCUCGCAAGUUUCUGGCCUCGAGUGCGGGCCUGACUGAGAAGACGUGGUUUGGAGGAGACAAGAUGUUUGUCAUCCAGUCGGAGUCGGGCAUGUACAUUUCGCCGGGCGUCUUUGACGCCGACGAGCUGUAUGAAGUUGAUUUCCUUGACGGGGUGUCGGGCCGGAUGAAGCUGUUGGGCUAUGAUGGCACGACGGAGAACGGUGUCACUACGCCAACAGUGUUCUACUUCCAGAACUUGCCUCCAGUCUCUUAA